AUAGAAAUAGAUAAAAGAAUGAUGAAAAUGAAAUUAAGAUAUAAUACAAAUUUGAAAAAAAUAUAUAUAAAUAUAUAAUAAGAUUAGGAUCCAGCUCUAGCAAUGUGUAACUGAGCUAAGCUAUAGUAUUUGAGUUUAUAAUCUUGUGCGAAAAGGAGAGGACAGAGAAAAUAACAAAGAACGUUUCGUUUUAAACGAGCCAAAAGAAAAAGAAAAAGAAAAAAAAAACGGCUCAAGCCCAAACUCAAAGAAGCAGAGAUCUGUCUCUUGCUGUGAAGUUGAACGAUUUCUCAAAAUCCAUUUGAAAUGACAUCACAGAACUUUAAAAUUAUAUGUAUGAUUUCUUUUCUUUACUAAUGUCCUCUGUUGCAUCACCUGUCACUACACUCUCCGAAUCUAACAUUAAAACCCAUUAAAAGAAAAAGACCAAUCUCGAGGAUCAACUUUGUUCUUUUAUUUUAAGUAAACUGGAAAAUUUCUCCAGGUUUUGGCGCCUUCUUUUGUAGUUCUGGCUGCAUGUUUUAGUGGAAAUAUAAAGACACUGGAAAAAGUAUGGGGCAUCUGAAUCUGCAGUCAGAAAUAAAUUCAUUUCAGAGAGAAUUCUGUGACUGUCCUGUAAUAUCUACUAAAGGUGCCGUAGCAUGCAUGGUUAACUCUGAAAUAGGAGCCGUUCUGGCUGUGAUGAGGAGAAAUGUAAGGUGGGGAGUUCGCUAUGUCACGGAUGAUGAUCAACUGGAGCACACUCUCAUUCACUCCUUGAAAGAAUUACGGAAACAGAUCUUUUCAUGGCAGCAUAAGUGGCACAGUAUCAACCCAGCCAUCUAUCUCCAGCCAUUUCUGGAUGUAAUUUGUUCUGAUGAAACUGGUGCACCAAUCACAGGAGUUGCUUUGUCUUCCGUGUACAAAAUAUUAACUCUUGAUUUGCUUGAUGUUAAUACAGUCAAUGUGGCAGAGGCUAUGCAUCUGAUUGUUGAUGCUGUGACAACCUGUCGCUUUGAGGUGACUGAUCCAGCCUCUGAAGAAGUGGUGCUGAUGAAAAUUCUUCAGGUUCUCUUGGCAUGCAUGAAAAGUAAAGCAUCAGUCAAGUUGAGUAAUCAACAUGUAUGCAAUAUAGUUAAUACAUGUUUUCGGGUUGUUCAUCAAGCAAGCUCCAAAGGAGAAUUAUUGCAGAGGAUUGCUCGCCAUACAAUGCAUGAAUUAGUUAGAUGUAUUUUUUCUCACCUACAUGAUAUAGAGAACAAUGAAGACAAAUUGACUAGUGGAAGCUCAUCUAUUGACAGAGAGGUUGAUACACUGGUCAAGGACAAAACUUCUGGAAGUAAACAGCCAGAGAAUGGAGAAAUCGGGGUUGAAGGUGAUGGUCAACUAUCAAUUGGGGAUGCUCCAGGUGUUCGCAUGGGUAAGAGAGAGAGUGGGAAGGAUGAAAACAAGAUAGAGGUUAGUAAUGGGAUGGAGUCUGCUGAAAAUGGUGAGAAACUUAUGAUGGAGCCUUUUGGAGUCCCUUGCAUGGUAGAGAUUUUUCAUUUUCUGUGUUCUCUUCUGAAUGUCGUUGAGCAUAUUGAAGUUGGUCCUAGAUCAAAUCCUAUUGCAUAUGAUGAAGAUGUUCCUCUAUUUGCUUUGGGUUUAAUUAAUUCAGCCAUUGAAUUGGGUGGUCCCUCAUUCAGCAAACACCCAGCAUUGCUAUGUUUAAUUCAAGACGAAUUGUUUCGUAAUCUAAUGCAGUUUGGUCUGUCAAUGAGUCCACUAAUUCUUUCAACAGUAUGCAGCAUAGUUCUCAAUCUGUACCAUCAUUUGCGUAUUGAACUGAAAGUACAGUUUGAAUCUUUCUUCUCUUGUGUGCUUUUGAGGAUAGCACAAAGCAAACAUGGUUCUUCAUAUCAACUGCAGGAGGUUGCCAUGGAGGCUCUAGUUGACCUCUGCAGGCAGCAGGCUUUCAUGGCUGAAAUGUAUGCUAAUUUUGAUUGUGACAUAACCUGCAGUAAUCUGUUUGAAGACCUGGCUAACCUGCUAUCAAAGAGUGCAUUUCCAGUAAAUGGACCUUUGUCAGCAAUGCAUGUUGUUGCACUAGAUGGUCUGAUAUCCAUGAUUAAGUGUAUGGCUGAUCGGAUGGGCAAUGAGUUGUCACUUUCGGAAGAGACGUCAGUAGAUCUUGAGGGACAUAAUUCAUUCUGGACAAUGAAAAGUGAAAGCAAUACAGACCCUAAUUAUUGGAUUCCACAUGUCCGUAAGAUGAGAAGCAUUAAGAGAACAUUGAUGAUUGGUGUAGAUCACUUUAACCGGGAUCCUAAGAAGGGUCUAGAGUUUCUCCAGGGAAUGCAUCUGUUGCCUGAGAAGCUUCAGCCUCAGAGUGUAGCAUCCUUUUUCCGGUACACAGCUGGGUUAGAUAAGAGUCUCAUUGGAGAUUAUCUAGGAAAUCAUGAUGACUUCUGUAUUCAGGUGCUUCAGGAAUUUGCUGGAACUUUUGAUUUUCGAGGAAUGAGUUUGGAUACUGCAUUGCGUCUUUUCUUAGGAACUUUCAGAUUGCCUGGAGAGUCACAGAAAAUACAGAGGGUACUUGAAGCAUUUGCUGAGAGAUAUUAUGAGCAGUCCCCUCAGGUAUUGGCAGACAAGGAUGCUGCUCUUGUCUUGUCUUAUUCACUUAUACUGCUUAAUACAGACCAACACAAUGUACAAGUUAAGAAAAAGAUGACUGAAGAAGAUUUUAUCCGCAACAAUCGACGCACUAAUGGAGGGAAAGAUUUUCCUCGAGAAUACCUUUCAGAUCUGUAUCGUUCAAUCUGUGAAAAUGAAAUCCAGAUGAUUCCUGAACAAGGUGCUGGUCUUCCGUUGAUGACAUCAGGUCGCUGGAUUAAUGUACUGCACAAAUCCAAAAUUACAAGUCCUUUCAUUGUUUGUGGUUCUAGAGCCCUCCUCGACUAUGACAUGUUUAUUAUCCUGUCAGGUCCCACAAUUGCUGCUAUGUCAGUGGUUUUUGAUCAGACAGAGCAUGAAGAGGUUUUAAAUUCAUGUGUCGAUGGAUUCUUGGCAAUUGCCAAAUUUUCUGCAUCCUAUCAUUUGGAUGAGGUAUUGGAUGAUUUGGUUGUUUCUCUCUGCAAAUUCACUACCCACAUGACUUCGUUGUCUGUUGAUGAUGCUAUUUUGACAUUUGGAGAUGACACUAAAGCAAGGAUGGCAACUACAACAGUUUUCACUAUUGCAAACCGAUACGGUGAUUACAUCCGCUCUAGCUGGAAAAACAUAUUGGAUUGUGUCUUGAGCUUUCACAGGCUUGGCCUUCUACCUGCUCAGCUUGCUAGUGAUGCAGCUGAUGAUAUCGAGCUCUCAUCUGACCUGGAGAGGGUAAAGCCUUCCCCAGUUUCUUCCUUAUCCCACACACCAUCUGGGACAACUCCUCGGAAAUCAUCUGGCGGUUUGAUGGGCCGGUUCAGCCAGCUCUUAUCUUUUGAUAUGGAGGAGCCAAGGUCACUGCCAACAGAGGAACAGAUUGCUGCUCAUCAGUUAACUCGUGAAACCAUACAUAGUUGCCACAUUGAUAGUAUAUUCACAGAGAGUAAAUUCCUCCAAGCUGAGUCUUUGUUGCAGCUUGUGAGGUCACUUAUCCUGGCUGCUAGCCGUCUAGGUAAGGGAACUAGUCCUAUGGAAGAUGAAGGUGCUGCAGCGUUCUGCUUGGAGUUGAUGAUUGCAAUUACACUCAAUAAUAGGGAUAGGAUCAUGCUUAUUUGGCAAGACGUUUAUGAGCAUAUAUCCAAUGUUGUUCAAUCAACCAUAAUGCCAUGCACUCUGGUGGAAAGGGCCGUGUUUGGGCUCCUUAAGAUAUGCCAGCGGUUACUUCCCUAUAAGGAAAACCUAUCAGAUGAACUCCUCAAGUCAUUGCAGCUAAUAUUGAAACUUGAUGCGCGUGUUGCUGAUGCUUAUUGUGAACAAAUCACACAAGAAGUUAUGCGUCUGGUAAAAGCAAAUGCCAGUCAUAUCAGAUCUCAUGUUGGUUGGCGUACAAUCACCUCCCUCCUGUCCAUCACAGCUCGACAUCCAGAAGCGUCAGAAACUGGAUUUGAGACGCUAACAUUUAUCAUGUCUAAUGGGGCAUACCUUUUGCCAUCCAACUAUAUCCUUUGUGUUGAUGCUGCAAGACAGUUUGCUGAAUCUCGAUUGGGGGAUGUUGACCGGUCUGUUUCUGCCCUAAAUAUGAUGGCAGGUUCUGUUGUUUGUCUGACAAGAUGGUCUUCUGAGGCUAAGAUUGCAGUGGGGCAGGAGGCUGCUAUGAAAGUGAGUCAAGAUAUUGGAGAAAUGUGGCUGAGGCUGGUGCAAGGGAUGAGGAAAGUGUGUCUGGAUCAUAGAGAAGAGGUGAGGAACCAUGCUAUUCUAAUGUUGCAGAGGUCUAUGGCAGGAGUGGAUGGGAUUCACCUUCCAAACGCUCUGUGGUUUCAGUGUUUUGAUCUUGUGAUCUUCACAUUGCUUGAUGACUUGUUGGACAUUUCACUGGAGAGCUCUCCAAAGAAUUAUCGGAAAAUGGAGGAAACACUUGUAUUGGCCAUGAAACUAAUGACAAAAGCAUACUUACAGCAAUUGCAUGAUCUGUCACAGCAACCGUCCUUCUGUAGACUAUGGUUAGGAGUCCUUAAUCGUAUGGAGAGAUACAUGAAGGUGAAAUUCCGAGGAAAACAUAGUGAGAAGAUAUAUGAAUUAGUCCCUGAGCUUCUCAAGAACAUCCUGUUUGUGAUGAAGACAACAGGAGUUCUCUUGCCAAGCGAUGAUAUUGGUGGGGACAGUUUUUGGCAGUUGACGUGGUUGCAUGUGAAGAAUAUAUGCCCAUCUUUGCAAUCAGAAGUGUUUCCAGAUCAUGAAUUAGAGCAAAUUCAUCCGGAGCAGAAUGUACCUGCUCAAUCUAGCGAGUCGACAGUGUGAGACUAAUUUUAGGGUAGAGAGUUGCAGAUUAUACUCUGAUUUUAUUUUGGAAUUGUAGCACCUCAAUAAUGGUCCUGCUUCGAAUCAGCUGCACCAGUUGUUUGAACGAAAGGCAGGAAGCAGCCUUCUAGAGCUGGCCAUCCCAUAUUAACAGUUGAGAAGCUUCAGAAUUUCACAAGACCAGAUACGAGGUUAAGCACACAUGAGAGCUUUUUAUUCAACAAUUUUUGCUUGGGCAUCUUAUUCUUUUAGAGGAAUUGAUACUUUUUUGUUUUGCACUCUAUGAAGUCACAAGGAGUGGUUAGUGUUUGAGAGUGCAUUGAAGUCCCCUUUUGCUUCUACCAGAGGGACUGAAUAGAUAGAAUAUCUCUGCAUAAAUUUUUUUUCUACUUCUGUUACCUGCUUAUUAAAUCACUGUACCAAAAAGCAACGUUUUGCACCAUUAUGUUUUGUAUACUUGGUGUCACAUAAUUUGCUAUCAGAAUACACAGUUUCUCUUGGGAUUUUGGAAA